AUGGCCCGUGAGCUUGUGCUGGUCGCCCUACUUUCUUCUUUUUUUCUCUCGACUGUGCGGGCAUCGACCAACUUCACUACACCACUCCCUUCCCUCUCGCAAAGGACUAAACUUGCUAACGACGGAAUUGUGGAGGCAUUGGGACACAUUGGAAGCAAUGGCUUAUUUCCAGGACAACCAUUCGACCUCGGCGCCAAGUUUUACAUUAUUUUGGCGGAAUAUGACCUGUCGAUGAAUGAGACCAAGUACCAAGCAAUGCUGACCCAAUACUUCGCCCAGGCGUUACAAGGGCGUCCCCACUUUGAUACUGGAGGUUCGUAUUUUUCGAUAACAUUACUUCACUAUUCCGAUGAUCAUUCGUCCGUGAAGACGUUUGACAGUCUACAAUAUGGUUUCGCUGCUAUGCGAGCGUACGAAGCCUACAAAGACCAAACUUUCCUUAAUUACGCCCUCGAUGUCUGGUCAUUCAUUGACUCCAUGACCCUUUCUCAGCAAAAUGUGGACUCAGGAAGCAGUCCACCGAAAAACUUGACUAUUCGUGGCACUUGCAAAGAUCAAAGUUUGCUUGGAGGGACUUUCAUUUCGAGUUUUCCCAAUGGAUCGAGCAUCAUGAGCUCCACAGUAUCCGCUCUCUUUGCGAUUCUAUCCAUUCACCUUGCGUCAGCGACCUCCGAUUCAAGCUACUUGACGUCUGCCACCAACUCUAUCGGCUUCAUCGAACGGCAACUGUAUUCUCCGACACAAGCAGUAGACCUUGUUAUGCAACAGGUCUCUGCGACGACUUGCUCUCUUGAUCAAUCCCUUUUUCCUUACAACUCAGGGUUUGUCAUCGAGGCAAUAUGUAACCUGUUGUCUUUUGGCUCCAACUCGGAAUUACAGUCUUUACUUCACGACAUUGUUGAUGCUGCUACGACGAGUGCUCCCUGGAUGAGCACCUCAACAGGUGUCAUAAAAGGCGGAGACAUAGCACUACCCCAUAGCAUUGCUCUGGCACAUCAAUUGAAUACCCUCCCUCCAGAUCAGAAGUCUAGAGCGGAGGUCUUUUUUACUGCCCAGUAUAACUCAGUGACUGCACAAGCUUCCAGCAAUACGAGUAUUUAUGGCUCGAACUGGGGAACGCAAGCGAAUUCAACGCUUACUUUUAAUGCCCCAGCACAAAUUGUAGCACUAGGCACGCUCGUGAGUGCGCUCCAAUUACCUGAGAUUGAUCCACAAACUCCGACGGCGAGUCCAUCAAGCUCACCGGCCCUUCCAGUCGACAGACACGAUGCCAGCCACUUCAAUGCAUUAAUUGCAGGCGCCAUCAUCGGUGGGAUAUGUGUGUUGGCUCUCGUGUUAACUGUGACCGUCUUCGCCAUUCGAAGAAAGCGCCAGAGGCGGAAAAACUGGACCACGAGUCACGAUCUUGAACACGGUUCUGGUAAUUCAUCAGUAGAGCCGUACCCAUGGGGGAAAAUCCCGGGCCCCAGGGCCUCAGCCAGCCAGGUGGCGCAUUCCCGCUCGGAUUCUCAUUCAGACGACUUGGAAUCACGCUUCAAUAGCAAAAGGCUUGGCGGUCAUUUGCGGCAGCAGUCGGAAGCUGUUACCAACACCACAGAAAGUCAUUCCGGGAGCUCUGGCGAUACGCCACCAGUGCAUGGCUCUAAUAGCUCCCAACGCCAACUAUCAACAGAAGAGGUCGUGCGUUUGCUGUAUCAGAGGAUGCAUCAGUCGUCCUUGGAAGGAGAGGCGCCACCGGACUAUCGCACCUCUGUUGCUGACCGAUAG